UCCGCAUUGUUCUCUCUUUGGUUUCCCUCAGAUCUCAGAUUCCUCUCGACAAUGGCGCCAAAGGCCGAAAAGAAACCCGCGGAGAAGAAACCAGCCGAGAAGAAACCGGCGACCGAAGAGAAGAAGGCGCCGGUCGCGGAGAAAGGUCCGGCGGUGAAGAAACCGAAGGCAGAGAAGCGGCUGCCGACGAAGGAGGGAGGUGAAAAGAAGAAGAAGAAAGCUAAGAAGUCAUCUGAAACCUACAAGAUCUAUAUCUUCAAGGUCUUGAAGCAGGUUCACCCCGACAUUGGGAUCUCCAGUAAGGCGAUGAGCAUAAUGAACUCUUUCAUCAACGAUAUUUUCGAGAAGCUUGCGCAGGAGUCUUCCCGCCUAGCUCGGUACAACAAGAAGCCUACUAUCACUUCGCGUGAGAUCCAGACCUCGGUGCGUCUUGUUCUCCCCGGCGAGCUGGCCAAGCACGCGGUUUCCGAGGGUACUAAGGCGGUUACCAAGUUUACUAGCUCUUAGGAAAAUGGUUAGGGUUUUGCUUCUUGUCUCUGUUCUCAAAGAUUAAUAGGGUUUUCUGUGGUUGUCAGAUUUAUCGUUCAUCUUGGUUGAUUUCUGGCAUAGCCGUGUCUAAUUAAAAAUCAAAUAUGUGUUUAGUGUCAGGGGAGAUUGAAUCUUUUGAAGAAACAGAUGACUUGCAUUUUAAGCCU